GAGGGCGGUCAAACAUGGCAAAAAAUUGUGCAGCUGAACAAUGACGUCGACUACUUGCUACGUAUCCCUUCAGCUAGUUUGCUAUUUACAUUUUAACCUCGACAAUAUCAAAAAUAUAAAAUACAGUUCAUUCCCUUUAAUCAUACUCGAUACAUUUCAGUCAUAAUAUAUAUGAGAACGUCAACAUGCCAGACCAAGCAUCUGUAAACCGAUCACUCAAUACCGUUCGAACUGAGCUCGAAUACUUACAACAAUGUGGUGCUCUUGCCCCAGCCCAAUUUCAGUCAAUUAUGGCACAACUACCUGUAAGCAGUCUAGGUUUUAGCCCUUCAUUGAUUUGAUCCGGGUCUGUGAUGCAUUUUCACACCCAUUCGCUGUAUACCUCAGAGUACAGAACUUGAGGUAAAAUUUCGAAGGAUACACUAACGCUGAAGGCAGCAAGGAAAUGGACAACCAUCCCACUAUAUAGAUCCUCGAUAUAAUCCAAACGACGGUUUCAAUCCAAGCAAAAUCAGCCAGGAAGCACAGGAUCCAAACCAUCCUGCACAUCCUCAAAACCCUAAGGUAUGUCUUGGCCUCCAGUUCACGCUUCAGAGCUAACCUAAAAAGCAUCAUGAAUGGGCAAAGAAAAUGGCUUCGAAAUUUGGUAAUGCUGCCAUGCUUGGCGCUGGAGCAACGUUUGGCGGGGAUUUGGUUAAUGAUAUCAUGAGAAAGUUUUAGAGGACGUGAUUAGACACUCGGGAAUAGAAUGAAUUGAAUGGCAACCUUGAAUCAGACUAAUAUCUGAAAAACUAAUUAGCCGUGCAAUAAUGAACCAUGACAGCUCGCUCUAUAAAGUUUAUUUCUUGGUGAGUAGUCUAUCCGCAAUACUAAUCUUACAUUCCGGCGGCAUGUGCGACAACAUCUGACUCUCACUAACAAAACUCUCCCAAUCACUUUCUAUCG